CUUCAUUCAACAUAUCUUGUUUUUCGGGGGACUCAUAACAUCGACGCACAAUAUGUCGUCUUCUUGGUGACGGUCGUGCUGUGAGCAGCCAUGUGUGAGGCAGUAACAAAGGACCUGUACGCUGUGCUGGGAGCCGAGCCUUCAGACUCUGUCCAACAGCUCAAACACAGAUACCAGCGCCUGGCCUUACAGUACCACCCGGACCGUCUCGUAGGUGAGGGCUCUACAGAGGCAGAAACUGGUGUGAGAAAAUUCCUGGAGGUUGAGGCAGCUUGGAGGAUCCUGAGUGACACAGACACCAGGAAGAAUUAUGACCAGCAGAGAAGAGCACAGGAACUCAAACAGGAUUGGCCCGUGGACUCAACAGUGUCUCUGGAGGACAUGACAUGGGACCAGGCUGAGUCUGUGUACACGUAUUGUUGUCGCUGUGGAGGAGGAUUCAACAUUACAAAGGAAGAGGUGAUGGAAGAGGAGGAGGGGACGAGGAGGAAGCUGCAGGGAGACGGAGAGGAGGCGUCAGUGGAAGGAGAACACGGAGUGGUCGUGUGCUGUGACACCUGUUCCCUCAGUGUUCACGUCACACGGUCAGCACGCAGCAACUGCUUAUAAACACAGUACCAGUUUGACCGCUGGUUGUGUUGACUGUAGCCACACGAGCGGCAACUGCUCAUCUGGAGCUAAUGCUAAAGCCACCAACAGGGCAAAAGUGGAACUGCAGGGCCCACAGUUCCAGCCACAGUUCAUCCUAAAGUGUCUUCAGCAACUCAUCAACAACACAGUGGUGACAAAACAGUGCAGAGAAAAGGCUGUAUUUCAAAUACAGUAAAGUGAAAGAAUGUGUUGGUGUUUUUAAUCAUAAUUUUAAAAAGAAAAAAAAUGUUAGAAAAAUAUUUUCCAAGGAGUAUUUUUUUUUUAAUCAAUUACUUGACAUUUCAAGUGACCCAUAUGACUUCUAGGUGACCCCAAGGUUUGACAGUCACCAGGGUAUAAUAUACAGUUCAGGAACACAGAGAUAAACAACAAUUUGUACUUGAACUCAUAUCUAUGGUUCAGUCAAACUGGGACUCAAUCCAUCGACCUUCUUGCUGUUAGUCUAUAACUUUAUUAUUCAAUUUCCUGUACAUCAUGCUGUUUAUAAACCAGAAGGUCCUGGUUUGUUUAUACACUGUUUCUAUGUAGUAAAUACUAAUAAAAGCACUUUUGUUGUUU